GCUAUGACUAAGUUCACAGAUAUGACUAAAUCCGAGGACUUUUAUAAAUAUGACUAAAUAAAACAACUAAAACUGAAUGCGGCAUGAGUUUCAAACCUUGCCAUAAAUACUCCUGGCUUCGCAAACGCAAAAUACCCUUAUUUGAUAAUGACUGUGCAAAUUCACUUGAGAGCAGAAACCAAACCAGCCGAAGCCAGAACCGCAUUAACUCCCUCCACCGCCAGAGUGUUGGUUGAUGCCGGCUUUGAAGUCUAUGUGGAAGAAAGCGAUCAAUCCACUUUUGACUCCUCUGAGUACAAAGCCGUAGGUGCUCAAAUUGUUGCAAAAGCCUCUUGGAAGACCGCUCCCAAAGACAGAAUAAUAUUGGGCUUGAAAGACUUACCAGAAGAAACCUUCCCUUUGGUUCAUCAACACAUUUACUUUGGCCACUGCUAUAAAGACCAAGCUGGUUGGCAAAAUGUAUUGAGUAGAUUUCCCGCUGGUAAAGGUACCUUGUACGACGUUGAAUUUUUGGAAAAUGAACAAGGAAGAAGGGUUGCUGCGUUUGGAUUCUACGCUGGUUUCGCCGGUGCUGCUAUUGGAGUUUGGGAUUGGGCUUUGAAGCAGUUGGACCCACCAAAAAAAUUGUCGAACCUCACUCCAUACCAGAGAGAGGCCGAAUUGGUAGCUGUGGUCAAGAAACAAUUGGACGCUGCUGUGACCAAAACCAGCACUUAUCCAAAAUGUUUGGUCGUUGGUGCAUUGGGAAGAUGUGGAUCGGGGGCUAUUGCUUUGAUGGAAAAGGUUGGAAUCCCAAAAACCAGGAUUUUGAAAUGGGAUAUAGCUGAAACCUCCAAGGGAGGACCAUUUGAGGAGAUCGUGCAAUCGGAUAUCUUUGUCAAUUGCAUCUAUUUGUCGAGUCCAAUUGCUGCUUUUGUGACUUCAGAAACCUUGAAUGAUGUCAACAGAAGGUUGACCACCAUUGUCGACGUUUCGGGAGAUGCCACAAAUCCAUACAACCCAAUUCCCGUGUACGAAACCAUCACCAGCUUCAAACAACCUACGGUGGAAAUUGAGACCUCCGAAGGUCCAAGGUUAUCAGUGUGCUCUAUUGACCACUUUCCGUCCUUGUUACCUAGAGAAGCUUCUGAAACAUUCAGCACAGAUUUGGUUCCUUCGUUACUUGAAUUGCCAAACAGAGAUACUGCUGGAGUUUGGGUUGGAGCUGAACGGUUGUUUGAGAGACAUGUAGCCAGAUUGGAAAAUUAGUAUAUCUAUGUACUAGUGUAUGACUUGUCCUUGUAGUGUAGAUUGCUUUCUAAGCUUCGAUGGCAUCUUCGUUGGCGAAUCGUGGAAUCUGGAUCCUAGGAGAGUACGAAGGUGAUUCUGUUUGUACCGGAGAUUGUCGCAACUGUGAUUGCGACAGUGCUGGUUCUUGGUUGUGUCGGUAUCUCUGUUCUGGUGUGUGAGCUCUUUGUGUAUGCGCUGUUUGUGCUCUUUGUGUAUGCGCUGUUUGUACUCUCUGUGUAUGAGCUGUUUGUACUCUCUGUGUAUGAGCUGUUUGUGCUCUUUCUAGUUCAUUCAACGAUAACUCGAUGGCCAAUUGAAUGUCAUCUGUGCUGGAACCGCCAACAUGGUUCACCUCUUGUGCAAGCAACUCAGGAAUCAUAUGGUCAAAUUGCCGGUCAUCAACAUAUGUCAAUUUAAACGGAUCCACCGAGCUGGGAAACACGUUGAAGUCUCUAAACUCACUGAUGAGAUUGUGAAGCUGUCCUUCGUCUCUAACAAGAGCCUUGUUGAUUCUCAACACCGGU